AUGAGGAAAUAUUUCAAUAUUCUCCAAUUUUUCGACCGGCCGAUUUCACACAGCCUUUGCUUAUCUUGCCAAAGCCUCAACCAGCGCCAGACCGCUCGUUAUAUCUCUUCCACUUUUCAAAGGCAAAAGACGAGCGGAAGCGCAUCAACGUCACAAUUAGAUGAGUUCACUCCUCAACCACUUAGCCGGCCGCUUGGGCUACCCUACCCCCCCGAGAUUGGCCAAAACACGGGAAAUGAUACUCGAACACUUGGCCAGCGAACAAAUGACUUUAUCAACCGCGAAAAGCACAUGGAGCGCCGUGUCCAACUCUCCAAAGAAUUUUCGAAGCCAUAUUUCCGCGAUUGGGUUAGAAUGCGACACCACAAAGGGAAAACCUUCCUAUCGAAUUCCCGGAAUUUCAGACGCGAUAAAGCCCUUUACUUUCCAAAUCUUUUCGGGCGAACCCUGGAUCGAUUAAGUCCAAUGCAAAAUACAACCCCGGUGCUUCAAGGGAAGAUUUCCGUGGUCAGUAUAUUUUCAAGUCUCUGGGCGGAACGUCAGACCGCUUCAUUCAUUGGCGAGAAGCAAAACCCAAGGCUACAUCACAUACUGCAGGAGUCAAAUGGUGUCGCACAAGAAGUAGCGGUGAACGUUGAGGAUAAUUGGCUUAAAGCGCUUCUUGUGCAAAGCUUCAUGGCAAAUUUACGGCGGAAACUUCCAGAAGCAAAACAUAGGAGAUAUUUCCUUGUAACAAAAGGGUUCACGGACCAUUUAAGGGAGCAGAUUGGUGUUAUGAAUAGCAAGGUGGGAUAUGUGUAUCUCUUGGACCAAGCAUGCCGGAUUAGAUGGGCUGGAAGUAGUAUUGCCGCCCCGACUGAGAUUGAGUCUCUGAAUGCUGGGCUGAAAAGGUUGGUUGAGGAACACCAACAAAACAGCAUUACAACUUGA